AUGACGCUUGAGCCCAAACUCCAAGGCGAAGAGACUCACCGUGCCGAACAAAAGGUCGCCGAAGAAGCUCAACCUACCGAAGAAGUGCAGAGGGUUGAGGCCGCACGCCAAGCGGCCAUCGUUCCGGCGCCGCUGAAGAUCUGGCCAGCCGGCACAGUAAAGUGUUGGUGGGAGUAUGACGCCGGUGAAGACAAGACAGCGGCAGCACUCACAGUGAAGUAUCUCGCAUACUUCUUGGAACACGACCUCAGCGAAGACACGAUCGAGGCGCUCCACCAGGACAUCCCCGACUCGACGUUCCAAGCGAAAGCCGCAAGACAUACGGACAACAAACUCGCGUGUAAGUGGCAGGGCGCUAUACUUACCAACUACGUCCUGUUCUUGGCUACGAGGAUCCGAGAGAAGAAGCUCGCAGAGUCGCCGCCGGUAGAGAUGCUGCACCUAACGCCGGCAGAGCGGAAGAAGAUCUACGAGGACGAGUGGAACAAGAAGCCGCUGCAGCUGGUGCGUCGCAUGUGGUCCCCCUUCACGGAGACCAUUGACUUCUACCACAUAUUCAAUACCUGCGAGCACAACGGAUGA